UAGGAUUCCUCCUGGACGCCUCCAUGGUGAAGUGUUCUGGGCUUUUUCAGAUACACCCGUCCUGCAGCUUUAAUAAAUCUGUCUUUGAUCUUUUCUCCUAUAGAAAAUUCCCUGUCAUUGUACAAUGUUUAUCGCAGGUUAUGACCUCAUAGCUAGCGCCAUGAGGUAUGAAAGAUUUAUGACUUAAAAGGAAAAUGCGUAGCAUUAGGAAAGCUAAGUGUCUCCUGGCCAAAGGUACUCGCUGACCAUAAGACGGAAGCUACUGUGACUUGCACAUAAAACCACUACGGCAUCUGCAUUUUAGUACUUUACACAAUAUGGCUGCCGAUGUUAGCUAGCGCCCACAAAUUGUAUUCUCUGUCAAAGGGAAGACAUAACAAAGCGAAUACGCAGCAAAUUUUAGGACUGGAUUUAAGAAUACAAACAUAUCCAACAUUUCGUUGGGUGUCUGUUGCCUCAGCAUGGAAGAGUACAAUGCACAUUUCUUUGAGGGGACUGAGAAGCUGUUGGAGGUGUGGUUCUCUCAACAUGAUGAGACCGAAGGAACCGGGGACCUCCGCACCAUCCCCAGGUUUGAGUGGGACAAACUUUUGAAGAAUGUGCAUUGCUUGAUCAUCAGUGUGACAAAGACUGACAAACUGGAAGCUUAUAUACUCAGUGAGAGCAGCAUGUUUGUCUCCAAGACACGUUUUAUCCUGAAGACGUGCGGAACCACCCUCUUGCUACAAGCACUAAACCCUCUGCUGGAUUUGGCAAGGCAGUACUGUGCCUUCAGUGCUGUGGAGAACAUUUUCUACUCCCGCAAGAACUUUGUGAAGCCAUCUCAGCAGGAGUUCCCUCAUCAAAACUUCCAGGAGGAAGUGGACUUUCUCAUCCAGAUUUUCCCAAAUGGUACAGCCUACUGUAUGGGGCCUUUGAACUCUGACUGCUGGUACCUUUUUACCCUGGACCUACCAGAGCACUGGAAAAACAAGUAUGCAGAUCAGACACUCGAAGUUCUGAUGAGUGACCUUGAUCCAACCAUUAUGGACCAGUUCUACAUGAAAGAUCAAGUUUCGGCAAGAGAUGUCACUCGCAUGAGUGGAAUUUGUGACCUGAUACCAGGUUCUGUGAUCGAUGCCGCGAUGUUCAACCCUUGUGGAUACUCAAUGAAUGGAAUGAAGAGUGAUGGGACUUACUGGACUAUCCACAUCACUCCUGAGGCAGAGUUCUCUUAUGUUAGCUUCGAAACCAACCUCUCUGCAAGAUCUUUUGAUAAUUUGGUGAGGAAGGUGGUGGAUUUGUUCAAGCCAGGGAAGUUUGUGACGACCCUCUUUGUUAAUCAAAAGUCCAAAUGUCGCAGUGUCUUUUCUUCAGACAAGAAACUCAUGGGCUACAAGUGUCUCAACCGCCAGUUGGUGCAGUUCAACGACUACAAUUUGGUCUUCACAAGUUACGCCAGCAACUGCCAGUAGAACUAGCAGCGAUGUAUCAUCCAAUAGUGUAUUAUGAAAUCGUAGAAUAGAAAGUUAUGAGGCCAUAGUAUCAAGUUCAUGAUGAUGUCAUUGCACAGGAGGUCAAAGUAUAUUGCAUUACGAUGAUCCUUCCUUUUCAAGGGCAAUUUAAAUUAAAGUUAUGACUUAUAUGAAUGUGGACUGGCCUCAUCAUGGAUACUGGCACAACAGCACCGGUGCUAAAAGAAAUUCAAGGGGAAACACUGAGCAAGGCUUAACUUUAUGCAGUGUGGUUAGUACUAACACCACUAGGACAGACCAGGGUUUGGAUGAGGGACUGUCCCAGGUCCUCUGUGUUGGGUUUACAUGUUCUCUCCAGGUCCGGGUUCCUGUUUCCCCAUACCAUAAAAAAUGUGUUAGGGUAAUAAUCCUUCCUGCCAGUCCCCCGGACCAAGGCACUGACACAUCUGGAGUUGGCCCUGCUCAGUGGCUGCCCAUUGCUCCUAGUUCUAUAGAAGGAAGGUUUGUAGCAGAGGAUGGGUAAAAUGCAAGGGACACAUUUCCCAACAAGGAUUAAUAAAAUGACCUUAACUUGAUCUUAACCCCAAAUAAUUAAAAAUAAAGCAAAUACCAGUGAGGAUGAGUCCCAGGUAAGCUACACAUGGAAUGGUAGACUCUCUUAGCUAACUGGGAUUAAAGGGUAAUAAGAAAUCGUCAGUG